GGGGGCACUUUGUCAAACAAUCCUCGUAAGCAAUCUCUACUCAACUUAACUAGUCCACUUUACAUUCAUCAAUCUUCCUCUUCUUCUCUUCUCUUCUCUUCUUCCCCAUCACCAUCAAUAUAAUCAUUAUCAUCAUCAUAAUUAUAAUAAUAAUAAUCCAUCACCCUUUUCUCUCUACACCAACACCCACACAAUCUACCCUUUCUUUCUUUAUUAGAUCCACCCCUCUCUUUUGCAUUUUCUAGGUUUUUAUGGAAAAUUUGAACUUGAACAGAAAUUUGCAUUGCGAGUGUUGAUAUAAUGGGCGGAAUCUGCUCGAGGAGAUCCACUGAAGAUCAUCCUUCAGUUGGGGGUUUUCCUAAUGUUAAUGCCCGUUUUAGCUAUGGUUCUGGGAUGGUUUAUCAAUCCCGUGGAAUGCCAGUGCAAGAAAAUAACAAUGCGGAUCCUUCACCAGUUAGCGAAAGCACUAAUAAGCAACUAAGAGAUCCUUUUUCAUUCCCUGAUGUACAUGCUAUUCACUUGGGGAUGAAUGGUGAUGAUAUUGACGACGGAAUACCUCGCCUGUCUAGGGCUUUAUCAAAUAGAUCUAGAACAACAAUGUCGAAGCAGAUUGCGGUUGCAAAGGUUUCAGAAGUGAGUUCAAUUCUUGGCAGAGCAGGUACUGCUGGGCUGGGGAAGGCUGUCGAAGUUCUGGAUACACUUGGUAGUAGUAUGACAAGUUUAAACGUAAGCAGUGGCUUUGUAUCGGGGACAUCUAUUAAGGGAAACAAAAUUUCAAUAUUGUGUUUUGAAGUUGCAAAUACAAUAGUGAAGGGUGCAAAUCUUAUGCAAUCUCUUUCAGUGGAAAGCAUCAGAUAUCUGAAAGAGGAAGUUCUUCCCUCUGAGAGCGUGCAACAAUUGAUAUCAAAAGAUACAGAGGAACUGCUGAGAAUCGCUGCAGCUGACAAAAGAGAUGAGCUGAAGGUCUUCUCCAGAGAGUUGGUCCGUUUUGGAAAUCGCUGCAAAGAUCCACAAUGGCACAACUUGGACCGCUAUUUCGAGAAGUUGGGAUCGGAGCAUACACCUCAAAAACAGUUAAAAGAAGAAGCGGAGAAUGUGAUGCAGCAGAUGAUGAGUUUAGUUCAGUAUACCGCUGAGUUAUACCAUGAGUUGCAUGCUUUAGACAGGUUUGAACAAGAUUAUAAGCGUAAGCUUCAAGAAGUGGAUAACCCAAGUAUCUCUCCAAAAGGAGAGAGCCUUGCAAUCCUAAAGGCAGAACUAAAAAGUCAAAAGAAGCAUGUGAAAAGUCUGAAAAAGAAGUCACUCUGGUCCAAGAUCCUGGAAGAGGUGAUGGAGAAACUCGUAGACAUUGUACAUUACUUGCAUGCAGAGAUCUCUGAUGCUUUUGGCACUACUGCCGAUGGCGAUAGACCAGCCAAAAACAACCAUCAGAGAUUGGGACCAGCUGGACUUGCAUUGCAUUAUGCCAAUAUUAUCACCCAGAUUGACACACUUGUGACCAGAUCAAGUUCUAUUCCUCAGAAUACAAGAGAUGCUUUAUAUCAUGGAUUGCCACCUCGCAUCAAAUCUGCCUUGCGCUCUAAAUUACGGUCAUUUCACCACAAAGAAGAGCUGACCGUCCCCUAUAUCAAAGCUGAAAUGGAGAAAAUUUUGCAGUGGCUCGUGCCCAUGGCUACUAACACCUCAAAAGCUCAUCAUGGAUUUGGUUGGGUCGGAGAAUGGGCAAACACAGGGUCUGUGCUGAACAAGAAAGCUGCCGGUGAAAUGGAAUUGAUCAGGAUUGAAACACUCCACCAUGCAGAUAAGGACAAAACUGAACUAUAUAUUCUUGAUUUGGUUGUGUGGCUUCACCAUCUUGUCUGCCAAUCAAGGUCAGGCAACGGAGGAAACAGGUCCCCGUCCCCGGUUAUAUCACCGAUUCGGUCCCCUAAUCAGACAACAAUCCAGUUAACACACCGGCCUAGCUCUCCAUUACCUACCUUAACAAUUGAAGAUCAAAAAAUGCUACGAGAUGUUACUACCAGGAAACUAACUCCUGGAAUAAGCAAGAGUCAGGAAUUUGACACCGCAAAAACCAGGUUAGCCAAGUAUCAAAGACUGAGUAAAAGUAGCAGUCACUCCCCUACCCAUGAAUAUCCGAAAGAUACCUUCCCAAUCAAGCGCCCAUCAUCCCUUCCGAUCAUUAAUUUCAACAUCGACAAGAUCAGAGCAAUGGAUGCUGUUGAUCGGGUAGACAGUAUUUGUAGCCUUUAAAUGUUGAUCAAUAGAGUCCAGAUCUUGCUGCCUGAUAGUUGAUUCUUCUAGUCAUUUCAGAAAGAGGUACAGUGCAAGAUCAAGAAAAAACUUUGCAGGGAUUUUGUAGAAGUAGAAAUAGUAUCCCUCAUGUACAGAAAGCCCCUUUUUUUUUGGAUGAUUGUAAGUCCUGUAUUUUAAGUUUAAUAAAACUAAAGGUAUGGAUUGUAGGAUAAUA